AGCUCUAUCUAGUUACAUCAGCUCAGUAGCAUGCAUGUAGAUUAUGAUACGUCGUUACGAACACACACGGUGGAGGUAUGCAAUGUUCGCAGUAAUCGAACUCCACACCGUCAUUGUUCGGUCACAACAACACAUAGCGCGGAGUGCGGACCGCGGUGACAUAGCGGUGAACGGUGAAUGGUGAUAGUGUGUUAUCUUGCAGGCAGCAGGUUGUCGCCGCGGGAUUAACGCCGCACCGAGUCUCGGAUCAUUACGAUCGAGUCGGGAUCGAGUGACCGGCGCGGUGCGCGGGCGCCGCCGGCCGCGCCGCAUUCCACCGCCGCGCGCCACGAGAGACGCACGCGUGUUCCACUCCGCGACUUUUCGAAACCGCGACUCGUGUGAUAACCACCCGCCCGAAACGAUCGUAUUCUAGUGUUCCAUCGAAACAGGAAAUAGCACGGGCUAUAGUAUCGCAGGCGAGCCGAAAAUCGCCCGGGUUGCCCCCGAGAGGCUGCAUUCCAAACCGGUGUCGCUCCUCAGCGGUCGCGUAGUACUGUGUGUGUCGGUCGCCCGCAACUGGUUUAGUGCCGAGUUUCAUUAGGACGAAUUUCUCUUUAGUGCCUGUGCUCCCGCGUAUUUAACUCAUAAUGUAAUACGGCUGCCGGCGUGUUUCCCGGUAAAAUGGCUCGAGGCUCCCCGAGCGAGAGCGAGCGCCGCCUCGACGGGGCCGGGAGCCGGGCCGGCGGCGAGUGCCGGGCCGGCGGGCUGCGCGUCCGCUUCCUGGACGAGGAGGGCAACACCGAGCGGACCGUCAGCGCCGACGUGGUCGACUGCGCCGUCUCCCGCGUCAAGAAGAUUCACUUCCUGAGGAGCAGGAGCUCCAGCGAGACGAGCAUCCUGCUGCGGAACCCCUCACUGCUGCGCCGCCGCUCCAGCGGGGACUGCCGCGCCGACGCCGCCGACGCCGCCGACACCCUCAACAACAACUCCUCCACCGAGAACCUCAACGGCAAGGAUGGAGCGGCGGAGGCCGCCCGCGAGGAGGGCGAAGGGCCGCACUACAAGCGGAACUGCAACGUGUACAGCGUGAACCGGGCGCGGACGCUGACGCUGGAUCGCAAGAAGUCGCUGACGAUGCCCAGGCUGAUCGCGCUGCGGGAGACGGAGCCGGCCAAGUCCACGCUGCCGGCGGAGGUGAGCCUGGCGGAGGCGGGGGCGGGGGCGGGGGCGGGGGCGGGGGCGGCGCGGGCGCUGGGGCGGCUGUCGCGCGGGCUGGGCCGCCUGCUGCGCCGCACCAACAGCGUGCGCAUCAGCGAGCCGGACCCCGUCUACAAGGUCGCCUACCUCGGCAACGUCCUCACCGGCUGGGCUAGAGGUGAAGGCUGCAUCGAGAAGCCGCUGGCGACGCUGUGGCGCAACUACCAGCAGUCCACGAAGCCCGACGUCGUGAUGAAGCUGUCCGUCACCAACUCCGGCCUGAAGGGCGUGACCAAGGAGCACGGCCUCACCGAGUACUGGUCCCACCGCGUCACGUACUGCGCCAGCCCGCCCCACUACCCCCGCCUCUUCUGCUGGGUCUACCGCCACGAGGGCAAGAAGCUCAAGCACGAGCUGCGCUGCCACGCCGUGCUCUGUACCAAAGAAACAAUCUCGAAAAGGAUAACCGAGGAGCUCCAGGUGAAGCUCAAGCAGGCGCUGGUCGAGUUCAAAAAGGACCGCAUCUCGAAGCAGAACGCGCGGCUCAGCCUCGCCAACAGCGUGUACGACAACCCUAGCAUGCCGCGCCGCAAGAUCCUGCUGAGCGUCGGCGCGCUCAACUACCGGCCGCCGCUCGAGCGCUCCAAGUCCGCGCCCAAGCUCGGCGCCAUCGAGGAGCUGUGGUCCGAGGAGGACGAGGAGGAGGCCGAGCUGAACUCGCGGCGGGGCGGCGACCUGGAGACGAGCCUGUACGCGGCGCGCGCGCUCGACCGCCGGCGGGCCGAACUGCGGUCGCCGCGCAAGAUGUCCUGCCCCGAGGGCGUCAUGAACGCGCUUCGGCUGCAGCACGACGAGGACCCCGGCGGGGACGACGCGGCCGAGCGCGACGACGGCCGCGCCGACGAGCGGCUGCUGGCGGCGAUCACGGAAGCGACGGAGGGCGACGGGGGCGGGAGGCGGGGUCUCAUCCAGAACUACCUCGUCACUGACAGCGACGACGGCUCCGUUUCGUCCGGCUGUGAGACCGCCAGCUCGCUGACGUCCUCCGACGCCGAGCCCACCUCCCUCCCCUCGCAGUUCCCGCCCGACGAGGCACCCGCUACGGAGCAGACUCCGGACCAAGCGAACGACGGAAAGAACGAGGUGAUCCCGAUCCCGAUCGGCGAGAAGGCGCUGCGGCGGCGGUCGACGUACCCGCCGCCCGGCGCCAACGUCGACGACAUGACGAGCUUCGGGGAGAAGUUCGAGAGCCUGAUGGACGACCUGACGGCCGUGGCCGACCUGAAGGACGUGACCGGCCUGACGUGCGCCCGCGAGAACGCCGGCGACAACGAUAACGACAGCGCCUGCAGCGACGAGUCCGGCUACUCCGAGCUGCUGGAUGGCAAGGACGGUGUCGUAGCGAAUACGAUUAUGGUGUAAAGUCUAGUUGAUACGUGCGUAACGUGCGGCUUCUCGGACGCUUUUUAGAAGGCUUCUCAAACAGGCGCGGCAGACUGACAAGGCCGGCCUCGCGACUUUGAGAAGCGUUCGAGAAGCGCUACGCACUAGUGUAAAACAGGGUACGCCUGGUACUUCAUCCAGUUUAGUUUUGUAGAUAUUGUAUUAUAAAAUGUAAAAUGUCUCGAACCCUAGUUGUAAGUGAACUUCAUAUUUUCGAAUAUUAUGUGUGCGUGAAUAUUUAUUAUGUGAAGUAGAUUAAGCAGUAGUCUCGGUUGUCUCGGCCGUUCUGAAGCCGCUACACACGUUACGUUUCAUCGUACCGAUUACCUAGCGAAUGUGGUUCUUUCGACUAAUCGUUGUAAAUUAUCUGUAGAGAAUAUACGAUAUUAUAGUAUUAUAUAUAAGAUUUGAACAUUUUAAUCGCCACGACAAAACGUUACGUGUGUAACGUCGAAAUACUUCUGGAUAAAUUGAAAUGUCGCUAGGGCAACCAUUAAGGGUUAAUUCAGAUAGCAACGCGACGCGUAGAUGCAUUUCUA